CCUCUGAGCCUCUCAGCUCGCCGUGACUUCACGCAACACUUUACAUAGCGACACUCGGCUUCUUCACGCCGCGCCUGCAGCUUCUGCCGUGUACGCAACAGAUCUCGCAGCGUGGUGUUGGACUAGUCUUGAGCGGUCCGUUGGACAUUUGAACUUGUUGCUACGUGUUGUACUUUUGUUUAAGUCGACAUCUCAUCCAGCUACGUCCAAACAGGAGGCUGUUUGUUGUGUAAUAUUUUACGCGAGAAAAGAGAUCCGCAGCUCUCAACGCUUUCGUCUCGAAAGUUCAUGAAAAGGAGCGGCGCUGAUCCCCAAAAGAAGGCCUCAACUUCACCUGAACAAAGACAAGGCACCAACUGACAGACAUGGGACAUGGAGAGGCUUCAGCGCGAGGGACAACAGUCAUGACGGGGGACUGUCUAACAUGCGUCAAGUACCUCAUGUUGAUCUUCAACACCUUCCUUGUUAUGGCAGGGUGUUUCCUCCUCGGUGUGGGAUUGUUGGUGUUGUUUGGCACAGCAGUGUUGAGUGAAAUGUUGAUGCAACACCCCGUUCUCUCAAAAACCGUCUUCGCCGUGCUGGGUAUUGGAUCCUUGCUCUUCCUUCUGGGCUUCGUGGGCUGCUGCGGAGCCCUCCGUGAAAAUAGGUGUCUGCUAUUCUUUUUCUUCAUGCUCAUCUUCAUCGUCUUCAUAGCAGAGCUGGCCGCUGGAGUUUGGGCCUACACACAGCGUCAAAAGUUCUUUGUUGAAGAUUUACAAAAAGAGAUGCGCGAAAAGUACCAGGGCUACGCCCCCGACGAUAAGUACACGACAAUAUGGAAUAAAUGGAUGGUUCAACAUGAGUGCUGUGGCAUAAAUGGUUUAGAAGAUUUUGAGGGCAGUCUGUUUCGUAGAAAAUACAAUCACACAGUCCCACCCGCCUGCUGCCUGCAGCGGAGCCCGACUGGGAAUUUGGAGCAUGCUGAUCGGGAUAAAUGCCUGAAUGGCUCGCAAGAUCAUAUCAACGUACAGGGUUGUUAUAAAGCAGGCUUCAAAACCUAUGAAGUUUACCUCUAUUUAGCGGGAGCGUUGUUCAUUCUGGUGCUGACCUUUGAGCUUCUUGCCAUGUCCGUGGCUAUGUGCCUCUUCAGGGGACUCCAAUCUCUGUAGUCUGUUUGGACUUUUUGUUUUCCAAGGAAAAAUAGGGAAUAUGUGAAGAAA